AUGGGCAAAUCGAAACGAGACCAAUCUCUUGAAGACUUAAGACAGCACAUCCACAAAUGGUACAUACCUCUCGCAAGGCAGUUCAUAGUACUGUUCCCAGAGGGAGGGUUUCUGCACAAGAGGAGAGAAGUCAGUCAGAGGUUCGCAGAAAAGAAUAAUUUACCGAAGUUAGAAUACGUUUCACUACCUCGUGCCGGUGCUAUGAAGGUCAUCAUGGAGGAAGUGGGACCUCACAGGGACCAGGGAGCAAGCACUUCUAAAGAGAACACAAAAAAAGAUAAUAACUUUAACCAGAGUAACGCUAAGCUGAUCGUGGAGUCCAACGUUGGUGAGAGCAUCGAAUGGGUUCUGGAUGUGACCAUCGCUUACCCAGAUAGGAUUCCUUUACAUCUUCAGGACAUAGUCUGCGGGAUCAGACCUUCAUGUGCCACACAUCUGCAUUAUAGGCUGUACCCUAGUACCGAGCAAACGACUGACGGAUUACCUGAUGUUAAGCAGUCGAUGCCGCCCAUGAACAACCGCAACAACGGAGGAGUUACGAGUACCAGCCGACACCGAAGGCAUGACCCAAUGGCUAUACGACAGGUUCGUGGAAAAAGAUCAGAUGCUAGAAGAAUUUUACCGCACAGGCAAAUUCCCAACCAAAGGCAGCGGCCCCCACCUCACUAG